AUUUGUUUUCUACCAAACGAUAAAGCAACUAAUAUGGCACUUAUUUUUACAAUAAAUAUGCCACUUAAAAGAAUUAAUAGGGAACUGCAAUAUUUAGGACUAAGCACGCCGUCAUCGUGUAGUAUCAGUCCUUUUGACGAUGAUCUUUUUCAUUGGCAGGCUACAAUUAUUGGCCCUUCCGACUCUCCAUACUCGGGUGGUAUAUUUUUCCUUGAUAUUUAUUUUCCAUCAGAUUAUCCGCUUAGACCACCAAAGGUUCGGUUUAUAACAAGGAUCUACCAUCCGAAUAUUGACAAUCUUCGCUAUAUAAAUCUGGAUUUUCUUCUAUGGACACCUGCGUGUGAUAUUCCAAAAGUACUUUUGUCAAUUUGUUCAUUGUUAACUUACCCAAACCCAGAUUGGUAUAAUUAAUUAUUUGAUUAUUGUACUUUAUAUUUCAAUUAUUUACAUUUUAAUAUUAGAUGAUCCACUUGUGCUUGGAAUUGCUAGUAUGUAUAAGAAUGAUCGUAAUCGUUAUGAAGCUACUGCUCGGGAAUGGACUCGCAGAUACGCCAGUUAAUAUAAUUAAUGAC